GGCGAAGUCCACGGCAGAUCGCAACACGAAAUAUCGCGGGAAUCUUGAAAGUCGAAGACAGCCAGUGAGUCAACACACCAGGGCCGGCGCUGGCUCAGUUUUGUGACCCAAUUUUCCCACCAAUGGGCGGCCUGGCUAAAUACCAUGAGCCAAACUCCCGCCAGGGAGCUUGGAAACGGACAAAGCUCCAUUCGCUUCCGAUGCUGAUUGCUCUACAGAUCAUCGAUUUAGUUCUUGCAGUCCCGGCCUGUAUCCCACUGCUGGAACGAGCAGAUGCAGAUCCUGGAGCUUUGAAUUUGUUGCAAAAGCUGCGGGAUUGCACCACGCAUCGAAUGUUUAGUGAGCGCCCUCAACUUUUGCAGGCCACUGGAUUUCGACUGGCGAGUUUCCGCUCACACAGUCAAAUCCUGUUCAGGUCUUCCUCCCCCUUCUGAUAGACAUCCCGAUCUCUCUUCUGCCAGCGGACUCGCCAUGUUGUUCUACGAGCUUGACAGGGCUGUGGGCAAAGCGUGCGGCAUUCCCACGGCUGACGGUGACAU